CCUGUGCUACAGUUCAGUAGCACUGGCAGGUGACAGCCUACUCACCUAAGCAACAUUCCACAGCAGUAUGCUAUCACUUCCUUCAUUGCAUUGAUAGGGUCUUUACCGCUGGCAUCAGUCAAGUCUCCUCCCCGCCGUGAAUGUGAAAGAGACCAAACUCGGCUGCCACAGGAAGAAGCAGGGGUAUGGUCUGCGCCGAUACAGGCUGAAACAACUUCUCAAAGUCAGACAUUGUCGGAGUGCUGGCAUGCAAUGGAGAGGGUUUCUGGUUGUGGAGCUGUGUCGCUUCUGCAUCGGAUGAAGUAAAAAAAGAAAAAGAACUGCGGCACUUUUCCGAAGGCAGUUUGCACCGUUCCUCUGUGGACACCUAAUGGUUGCUUAGCGUUGCACGAUUAUCCGCGAGAGCACGAGCAGGGAAUUUCAAAAACCGUAUUGAUCUCGACUUCAGAAAGGAUAAAAAAAAUGAACUAAAAUGUCUGAGCACAGAUCCAGUUUUCUUCACAUUGGGGAUAUUGUCUCCCUCUACGCGGAAGGCACAGUCAAUGGCUUUAUUAGCACUUUGGGGCUCGUGGAUGACAGAUGUGUGGUGCAGCCAGAUGCCGGCGAUCUUGCCAACCCCCCAAAGAAGUUCAGAGACUGUCUUUUCAAGGUAUCCCCCAUGAACAGAUACUCCGCCCAGAAGCAGUUUUGGAAAGCAAAGCAAGGAAAAGGGAAUACAGAGGAAGAACUGCUGAAGAAGUUGCAGCACGCAGCAGAACUUGAACGGAAGCAAAAUGAAUCUGAGAAUAAAAAACUACUUGGAGACAUAGUUAAGUACAGUAAUGUUAUACAGCUCCUACACAUCAAGAGCAACAAGUACCUGACGGUGAACAAGAGGCUGCCUGCGCUGUUGGAGAAGAAUGCGAUGAGGGUGUCGCUGGACCCAGCAGGGAACGAGGGCUCCUGGUUCUACAUCCAACCCUUCUGGAAGCUGCGCAGUGAAGGUGACAAUGUUGUGGUCGGAGAUAAGGUGGUGCUGAUGCCUGUGAAUGCCGGUCAGCCUCUGCAUGCCAGUAAUAUCGAGCUGUUGGACAACCCUGGUUGCAAAGAGGUAAAUGCAGUGAACUGCAACACAAGUUGGAAAGUAACACUUUUUAUGAAAUUCAGCGACUACAGAGAAGAUGUCUUAAAAGGAGGAGACGUCGUGAGGUUAUUCCACGCCGAGCAAGAAAAGUUUUUGACUUGUGAUGAUUACGAGAAGCAGCAGCAUGUCUUUCUUAGGACCACUCUGCGGCAGUCGGCAACGUCUGCCACCAGCUCCAAAGCACUCUGGGAAAUUGAGGUUGUGCACUAUGAUCCUUGUCGAGGAGGUGCUGGCCAGUGGAACAGCUUAUUUCGAUUCAAACAUCUGGCAACAGGAAAUUACUUGGCUGCAGAGGUGAAUCCUGAUUAUCGUGAUGACAAUGCAGAUUCCAAAGCUGCGGGCGACGGCGACGCGCUGUCCUCUAAGAAGAAGCGCCAGGCGGCCGAAAAAAUUGCUUAUACCCUGGUCUCCGUGCCCCAUGGCAACGACAUCGCCUCUCUGUUUGAACUCGAUGCCACGACUCUUCAAAGGGCCGACUGUCUCGUUCCGAGGAACUCUUACGUAAGACUGCGGCAUCUUUGCACAAACACUUGGGUGACCAGCACCAACAUCCCCAUAGAUGUGGAAGAAGAGAGGCCAGUGAUGCUGAAGAUUGGGACCUGUCCAGCAAAAGAAGACAAGGAAGCUUUUGCCAUCGUUUCUGUCCCCUUGUCCGAGGUCAGGGAUCUGGACUUUGCCAAUGAUGCCAACAAAGUCCUGGAAUCGACCGUAAAGCAGCUGCAGUUUGGAACCAUCACGCAGAAUGAGCGGAGGUUUGUCACCAAGCUUUUGGAAGAUCUGAUAUUCUUUGUGGCCGAUGUGCCCAACAAUGGGCAGGAAGUGCUGAGCGUGGUCGUUACCAAGCCGAACCGGGAGAGACAGAAGCUCACGAGGGAACAAAAUAUUUUGGCACAGAUUUUUGGCAUUCUAAAGGCCCCUUUUACAGAUAAAGGUGAAGGACCGAUGCUAAAAUUGGAAGAGUUAGGAGAUCAGCGAUAUGCUCCAUUUAAGUACAUGCUUUGUCUGUGCUACAGACUCUUACGGCAUUCUCAGCAGGACUACCGAAAGAACCAGGAGUAUAUCGCAAAGAAGUUCUCCAUUAUGCAGUCCCAGAUUGGGUAUGAAAUUUUGGCAGAGGACACCAUUACUGCCCUGCUUCACAACAACAGGAAGCUCCUGGAGAAACACAUCACGGCCAAUGAGAUCGAGACCUUUGUCAAUUUAUUACGCAGAAACAGAGAGCCCAGGUUUUUGGACUACUUGUCAGACCUCUGUGUGUCCAAUAAAACUGCUAUCCCAGUUACCCAAGAGCUCAUCUGUAAAUUUAUGCUUAGUUCAUCAAAUGCGGACAUCCUGAUUCAGACAAAGCUCAUGCCUACUACGGAUAAUAUCCUGGAGCAGUCAGUGAUGCAGGAUGAUGUCGAUGAUGAGGAGGUUUGGCUGUACUGGAUAGACAGUCAUAAGGAGCCACAUGGGAAGUCCAUCAGGCAUAUGGCCCAGGAUGCUAAGGAAAACAGUAAAACAGACAAAGAUAACAUCCAGUAUUAUAGAUACCAGCUGAACCUGUUUGCAAAGAUGUGUUUGGACAGGCAGUACCUUGCCAUCGACCAGAUCUCCAGCCAGCUGCCUGUGGAUCUGAUCCUGCGCUGCAUGUGCGACGACUGUCUGCCCUACGACCUGCGCGCCUCUUUCUGCCGCCUCAUGCUCCACAUGCAUGCCGACCGGGACCCCCAGGAGUCUGUGGUUCCUGUGCGCUAUGCACGGCUCUGGACCGAGAUCCCCACCAAGAUCACCAUCCACGAAUAUGAGUCAUUCACAGAUGCCUCUCGAGCAGACAUGAAGGAAAACUUUGCCCCAACCAUGUUGUUUGUGGAAGAGUACCUGAAAGAUGUUGUCAGUCAGCCCUUUCCAUUUGGAGACAAGGAGAAAAACGAGCUAACGUUUGAGGUGGUGCACUUGGCUCGGUACUUGGUCUACUUCGGAUUCUAUAGUUUCAGUAAGCUUUUGCAGUUGACUCGGACAUUACUUGCAAUUCUGGAUAUCAUACAGCAGCCUGUGCCAUAUAUGGUGAAACUAAGUAAAGGCCCAGAGGGAGGCAACAACGUGAUGCGGACAAUCCAUGGCGUGGGCGAGAUGAUGACUCAGAUGGUGCUGAGUCGGAGCGCCCUCCUGCCCAUCAGUCUGCCUGACCCCCAGCCCCAAGCUCUCCAGGGCAGGUCGUUCAGCCCCGCCGACAGCGAAGACGUCAUGGUCAUGGACACCAAGCUGAAGAUCAUUGAGAUCCUGCAGUUUAUUCUCAGCGUGCGCCUGGACUACAGGAUCACCUACUUGCUCUCAAUAUACAAGAAAGAGUUCGGAGACAGUAACAUACCAGACAGUUCUCUCUCAGUUGCAGAUGUCCCUAUCCAAACUGUUCCAGAUCCUGAUAUAAAUGAAAUUGCAGCUCAAGCAGAAACCAUGUUUGCUGGAAGCAAGGAAAAGAGCGCGGUGGAGCUGGAUGACGAGGGAGGACAGACGUUUCUGCGGGUGCUGAUCCACCUGAUCAUGCACGACUACCCCCCUCUGGUGUCGGGCGCUCUCCAGCUGCUCUUCAAACAUUUCAGCCAGCGAUCAGAGGUCCUGCAGGCCUUUAAACAGGUCCAGCUGCUGGUGUCCGAACAAGACGUGGAGAACUACAAACAGAUCAAAGCAGACCUGGACCAGCUGAGACUGACUGUGGAGAAGUCGGAGCUCUGGGUGGAGAAGAGUGGAGUGUAUGGGAGUGAAGACAUGGGGGAAAACCAGAAUAAAGACCAGAUGCACGAGGAGGCCAACAUCCUAAAUCCAGUUGAGGAUGGGAAGAAGUCGCCACAGAUUGACAGCAAUAAAGCCAAUAAUUACAAAAUCGUCAAAGAGAUUUUGGACCGAUUGAGCAAGUUGUGUUAUCCAAGUAAAAAGAGUCGGGUUCAGCAACAAAGACUGCUGAAGAAUAUGAGUGCCCACACAGUAGUCCUGGACCUCCUACAGAUACCAUAUGAAAAGACUGACGAAAAGAUGAAUGAAAUAAUGAAUUUGGCCCAUGUGUUUCUCCAAAACUUCUGCCGCGGUAAUCCCCAGAACCAAGUCCUGCUACAUAAACACCUCAAUCUCUUCCUCACCCCUGGGCUGCUGGAGGCUGAAACCAUGCGGCACAUCUUCAUGAACAAUUAUCACCUGUGCAAUGAAAUCAGUGACAGGGUGGUCCAUCACUUUGUGCACUGCAUAGAGACCCAUGGCCGCCAGGUGAAGUACCUGCGCUUCCUGCAGACCAUUGUAAAAGCUGAUGGGAAGUAUGUAAAGAAAUGCCAGGACAAGGUCAUGACUGAGCUCGUCAACGGCGGGGAAGACGUGCUGGUGUUCUACAAUGACCGCACCUCCUUCCCGACGCUGCUGCAGAUGAUGUGCUCGGAGCGGGACCGCAACGACGAGAACGGGCCUCUCGCUUAUCACAACACGCUGGUGGAGCUGCUGGCCCUCUGUACCGAGGGCAAGAAUGUCUACACGGAGCUCAAAUGCAACUCCCUGCUUCCCCUCGACGACAUCGUUAAAGUAGUGACCCACGAUGACUGCAUUCCUGAGGUAAAGGCUGCCUAUGUCAAUUUUGUGAACCACUGUUAUGUGGACACAGAAGUAGAAAUGAAGGAGAUAUAUACCAGUAACCACAUCUGGAAUCUUUUUGAGAAUUUUCUCAUUGAUAUGUCCAGGGUCUGUAACAGCCCUACUGAUAGGAAGCAUGCAGACAUGGCGCUGGAGAAGUAUGUGACUGAAACAGUGAUGGCAAUUGUCAAAGGUUUCUUCAGCUCUCAGUUUUCUGUCAACAACUCGAACCUGCAGAGUCACCAGCCUGUAUUCAAUAAGCUGCUGCAGUCUGCUUUUAGGAUUUACAACUGCUCGUGGAUAAAUUCCUCUCAGAAAUCCAAUAUAGAAGCGUGCAUUAAAACCUUGGCUGACGUAGCCAAGAAUCGGGCGAUCGCUAUCCCGGUCGACCUGGACAGUCAGGUGAACACCCUUUUCAUGAAAACCCACUCAAACAUGGUGCAGCGCGCGGCCAAGGGCUGGAGGAUGUCUGCUCGCAGUGGGCCCCGCAGGGAGCCUCUCGGGGGCCCCGACUACAAGAACAUCAUCGAAAAACUGCAGGGUGUGGUAGCAUUUCUCGAGAAACAGUUCCAGCCAAUGGUGCAGGCUGAAUUCUCUGUGCUAGUUGAUGUCCUGCACAGCCCAGAGCGCUUGUUUCCAGAAGAAGCGAGAAUACGCUGUGAAAGUGGGGCCUUCAUGUCUAAGCUGAUCAACCACACCAAGAAACUGAUGGACAAAGAGGAAAAACUCUGCAUCAAGAUUCUGCAAACCCUGCAGGAAAUGCUAGACAAGAAGGAAACCCUGGAAGAGCCGGGCAAUAUAUUGAGGAAAAUUCUUCUAACUCGUUACUUUCGCAAUACAAGAAUUCUGUCAAAAUCAAGUGAUAUCAGCAGUUCAUCAGCAAAUUACUCUAAAACGUCUUCUGGAGGUGGAUCAUCUACACAAGAUUCAGACAAAUCUGGAACCUGCAUGACUGAUAUUCAGUGCCUGUUAGACAAUGUUGGAGCUACUGAGAUGGUGAUAGACCUGAUUGUUAAUACCAAAAAUGAUAGAAUCUUCCAAGAGAGUAUUUUACUGGGGAUUGCUUUAUUGAAAGGCGGAAAUACUCAAAUACAGAAUUCAUUUUACCAUCAGCUUCGUGAGCAGAAAAAGUCAGAGAAGUUCUUCAAAGUCUUUUAUGAUCGCAUGAAACUGGCACAGCAAGAGAUCCGAUCCACAGUUUCAGUGAACACCUAUGAUCUAACCUGCAAGAAGAGGGAUGAUGAAGGAGAUGUAACAGCAACCAGGCAGAAGCAAACAGGGAAGGAAUCCCCUCUGCACCUCAAGGAUGAAAUGAAAGGGCAGUUAAAGGAGGCCUCCUCUGCCACAUCCAAGGCCUACAGCAUGUUCCGGAAGGAGAUCGACCCAGACAUCGAUCUGCUUGGCUCGGGGAGCGACGGGCCGGCGGCUGAGGAGGCCGCGCAGGACGAAACGCAGACGAGUCCCGCCAUUGUGACCAUGGAGCCCAUCCUGCGCUUCCUCCAGCUGCUGUGCGAGAACCACAACAGGGAGCUGCAGAAUUUCCUCAGAAAUCAGAACAACAAAACCAACUAUAAUCUGGUGUGUGAGACCCUGCAGUUCCUGGACUGUAUUUGCGGGGGCACCACAGGCGGCCUGGGCCUGCUGGGCCUGUACAUCAACGAGAGGAACGUGGACCUGGUCAAGCAGACUCUGGAGACCAUCACGGAGUACUGCCAGGGGCCCUGCCAUGAGAACCAGACCUGUAUUGCAAAACAUGAAUCCAAUGGAAUUGACAUUAUAAUAGCCCUCAUUGUGAAUCAAAUCAAUCCGCUCGAGACAAAUCGUAUGGACCUGGUCCUGGAGCUGAAGAACAAUGCCUCAAAACUUUUGCUUGCAAUAAUGGAAAGCAGACAUGACAGUGAAAAUGCAGAAAAGAUCCUGUUCAAAAUGAGACCAAAUGAGCUGGUGGAUGUGAUGAAAGUGGCAUAUAGCCAAGAUCUGGACACUGAGGGUGAUAAGGAAGAUGGAGGAGAUAAAAUCCACCCAAAAGAUGUUGGUCAUAAUAUAUACAUCCUGGCCCAUCAGCUGGCUCGUCACAAUAAAAUACUACAGCAGAGUCUGAAACCGGGAUUGGAUCCAGAUAACAUUGGAGACGAACCCUUGAAAUACUACGCAAAGCACACUGCACAGAUUGAGAUUAUUCGACAUGACCGAACGAUGGAGCAGAUAGUGUUUCCUGUGCCAAAUAUUUGUGAAUAUCUGACAGAGGAAUCCAAAAUCCGUGUCUUCAACACUACAGAGAGGGAUGAUCAAGGCAGCAAGGUCAAUGACUUCUUCCAACAGACAGAAGAUCUCUACAAUGAAAUGAAAUGGCAGAAAAAAAUCAGAAAUAAUCCUGCUCUGUUUUGGUUUUCUCGGCACAUUUCACUGUGGGGUAGUAUUUCGUUCAACUUGGCUGUGCUCGUAAACUUGGCUGUUGCCCUGUUUUAUCCUUUUGGGGAUGAUGAAGACGAAGGCAUACUCCCCCAUUUUGUGUCCAUUCUCUUAUGGGUGGCAGUGGCGGUGUGCACAGCUAUGCUCAUUAUUUUACCGAAACCUGCAGGGAUUAGGCCCUUCCUGGUGUCGGUUAUACUCAGGUCAAUAUACACAUUGGGACUGGGCCCUACCCUGUUACUGCUUGGCGCAGCUAAUCUUCUCAAUAAAAUUGUGUUUUUGGUGAGUUUUGUUGGCAACCGAGGAACAUUCACGCGCGGCUAUAAAGCAGUUAUCAUGGACAUGGCCUUCUUGUAUCACGUGACCUAUGUCAUCGUCUGUAUGUUGGGCCUGUUUGUCCACGAGUUCUUCUACAGCUUUUUGCUCUUUGAUCUGGUGUACAGAGAGGAGACUCUGCUGAACGUGAUCAAGAGUGUGACGCGGAACGGGCGCUCCAUCAUCCUCACCGCCGUGCUGGCCCUUAUACUGGUCUACCUCUUCUCCAUCGUGGGUUUCCUCUUCCUCAAAGACGAUUUCCGCAUGGAGGUGGACAGGCUUCCCAGCAUGGGCAAAGCGGAGAUGUUGAAACCAUCUGCAAUGACAGAAACAUGCUCAAAAGAAAACUGUAGUGGUUCCUUACCAGCUUCUGCUACAGCUCUAGCACAAGAGAAUGAUGGGACAGAGCAAGUCUGUGACACGUUGCUGAUGUGUAUCGUCACAGUCUUGAACCAGGGUCUCAGGAACGGAGGAGGAGUGGGAGAUGUGCUCAGGAAGCCCUCCAAAGACGAGCCCCUAUUUGCUGCACGUGUUGUGUAUGACCUGCUGUUCUUCUUCAUUGUCAUCAUCAUUGUCCUCAAUCUCAUUUUUGGAGUCAUCAUUGACACAUUUGCAGACUUGAGAAGUGAAAAGCAGAGGAAAGAAGAAAUUCUGAAAACCACCUGUUUCAUCUGUGGGCUUGAGAGAGAUAAAUUUGACAACAAGACAGUUUCUUUUGAGGAGCAUAUAAAGUCAGAACAUAACAUGUGGCAUUACCUGUACUUCAUAGUUCUGGUUAAAGUGAAAGAUCCGACUGAAUAUACUGGACCUGAAAGUUACGUUGCUCAGAUGAUCAUGAAUGAGAUUCGAAUCCUGCAGGAGAAGCUGGACAACACGGUGACACUUGUGACACAACUGUCUAGCCAGCUCUCGGAGCUCAAAGAACAGAUGACAGAGCAGAGGAAGAACAAGCAGAGGCUGGGCUUUCUGGGCUCCAGUUCCCCCCAGGCGAACCAUCAGAUGCCAGCGCAUUAACCCCCCGGAGUGCGAGACCACCCUCCCCUGCCCCCACCCCCCUCAAGCAACACGCACCAAACCUGGUUUUCCCCUCACACCAUGAUGAGUAACUGGGUGCCGAUGUUGAGCUCGUUCUGUUACAUGCUGCUGCUGUAUCUCGGGCAGUGGAUACGAGCCCUUCAAGUCCUGGAUCUUCGCUGGAACGUGCUGCAGGGAUUACAGUACCAUUGCAGUGGUACCUAAAGAUUUCUUUUACAUGUCGGGUCUUAUUAAUAAGAUGCUAUGGAAUUGCACAGCCUGUUAGAUUUUCACCUGCAGACAAAGACUGCGUUUGUAGUGAAAACCUCUCCUGCACUCCUGAUAGUUUUAAAAGGUUUGGCAGGGAGUAUUGUUACUGGUGGGCUUUAUUUCUCUGUGCUGGAAGGCUUAGAACAUUCUUUUAAAGCCUUGAAAACACUUGUUAAAUGCUUUUUGCUUGUAUGUUCAAUUAAAUUAUAUUUAAGGAUAUUGGAAACAAGAUUCAGAUUUUAAAUCCUCGAAUGACUGGACUGUGCACACGUACUGAUGUAUUGGAUAUCACCACGCUUCUAACUAACUGCCUGACAGAAUAACCAGGUGUUUCCUCCUUUGGAACCAUAAAUUUGUCUUGAUAUUUUUUCAGAAUACUGGGCACCAAGCAUCAGCUCUGUAUGGUGGAUGUUUCAGAAAGAGAGAAACACUUUGAAUCUUUUCUGUGAGAUCCUCAGUUUGAAUUUACAGAGCAGAUUGGUAUGUUUUGAAGAUUCUCUACAGGAAACGCUACUGUAUAUGCAAGCAUCUUUCACGUUAAGUUUAUCAAGUUACUUAAACUGUUUACUUAGGGGAGUGUGUUCUGUGGAAUCAAUCCUGGGCCAAAACGAAGAUAUCCCUUUUGACUUGUCUUCUCGUAAGUCACAGUCUUUACCCUACACCCAUUCUCCCGCUGUACUAGAUAAAACUGUAUUUGUUCCUCGCAGGGAAAUGUAACAGAUGUAACAGGCCUUUAAUUCUUUAUUUAGACUGAUAGGUAAAUUGAGGACAACUUUUCAUUUACUGUGAAAACCCAGAGAUCAAUUUAUACAGCACGGUAUUUGGAGUAUUCUGAAUAAAAUAAGGUUUUGAACCGACAACCUUCCAAUCUGAAACCCUGAAUUCUAAGCAUCACUCUGUGCUGCUGCUUUGAAAAAAAGAGACCAACACCAUAUACCUUUAUCCUUUAAUUCAGAUCAUAAAAAUGUUUCAUUUGGAUCAUUGACAAGCGUUUGUACAUUGAUUUCACAACCUCUGCCUUCUUCAAUCCAAAAAAACACUGAAAUGCAGUUGCCUGUUGUAGUUCCAGUGGAUUUUAGCAUCACAAGGUGGAAAUAAUAGUUUUUCUGAAUUCUGUGCCUUUUGUAUAAAGAUACUGUAAAUAGUUUAAAAAUAAAGCAAAAAUGAUUUUACGAUGAUCGGAAAAGGUAAUGUUGGAUGUUUUGUGGAUUUUACUUGAAAAACAAUUGAUUGCAGGUAUAAACAUUAAAUCUGUUGAAAACGGAACGAAUAUCAUUGUGAAAAUCGACACACCUACUGUUUUUUUUUUAUUGAACACCAGGUUGAUAUUUUUAUAUGCGAAAUAUGUAAUUUUGUUUUCAGAGUUGAAUUGUUGGUUUUCUAGUGGAUUUCUCUUUAGUGCAAAAUAUAAUCUUUUAUGCAAAUUCUAUCAUUUGUCUUCAUCUCAAAGCAAACAGUGUUAAAAUAGUUUACAACAUACUUAACAUCCUUCUUACUUGCUGAUAUGUUUGUGCUUCAGAGGAAAGGAAUGUCCCCUGUCUAAUAUUUAAAUGAAAUGAAUAACUGUGCUGGAGGUUCAUUUGCAACAGGGGCUGUCAGUGGUCACAGAAGUUGGCAUUCGUCUGACACAGUAAAGGUAUACUGCUCUUGCUGUGAGUCUUCUUUGUUUGGCAACAAUGAGGAAAAAAAACAGUUAAUAAAUUCAAAGAUGGUACAGAACAGUAAUGUAAAUCUAAUGAUAAUGGUUGUUAUCUGUGUGACAGCUUCAUCCUGGACUUGGAUUAAAAAAGGGAGAAAACUUUUUUUUAUGUUGUUAUUUGAGAAAAUUCAAAUCCAUGUUUUUGAAAUAACACUUAAUCUGUGCAAUCUACCUUUGGUUGAAUUGUAUAGGCAAAUCAGUACUUCUUAUACCUAACAGAACUACUGGACUUUGGCGUUUGUAUCUGUUAAAUAAUUAUAUUGCCACAUUUAUGUUUAAAAUUUUUUUUUCUGCUGCUGAAUACAGAAUCUUUGUCUUAAUAAAGUAUUGUUUUUAUUUUA